AUGGCAGACUGGGCCCAUGAGACCGCGGGUCAUAGAGGAAAAGCAGCUACGCUAGAGUGGGCGCGAGCCCGAGGACUACCAAUAACUCUCCAGAUGAUUGUCCAAGCUCAAGAAGUAUGUGAGACCUGCAAUGAGGUUAAGAAAUGGCCCCUCACGAAGCAAGCCCGUGGACAUUUAAAUAAAGGAACAAUAGCAGGACAGAUCUGGCAGAUGGACUACAUUGGUCCCAUGCCUAAAGGAAGAGGGGGGCAGAUGUAUUGUUGUACUGCUGUAGACACCUUUUCCGGAAUUCUGAAAGUAUUACCCUGCAAACAUGCGAACCAGGCCUCAACACUUCAGAUGCUACAGACUCUUGUGAUUGCUUAUGGACUGCCAUCUGAGAUUCAGACAGACAAUGGAACCCACUUCACUGGACAGCUCGUACAGCAGUGGGCAAAUGACUCAGGGAUUAAGUGGAUCUUCCACAUCCCCUAUCAUCCUCAAGCUUCGGGGUUGAUUGAAAGGUGCAAUGGGCUUUUAAAAGAACAGAUUCGGAAGCUAUCCCCAAGUAGGACAUUGAGGGGGUGGGACCAGGUGAUCACGCAGGCAGUUAUGAUACUAAAUAGUAGACCAAUAGGACAGUUUUCACCUUAUGAAAGAUUGACUGGACAGGUAGGGACACCAACUGUGUCAGUUCGAUUAAGGUUCAAGGGAUCUUUCCCCCAACAGGUGGGGAAGAACAAAUUUAAAGUGGUCAGCCAGAACUUAGUUGAGAUUGUACAGGGUGAUGAAUGGAUGACAUACAUCCUUCCCAUGGGUGGGAUAUUACCAGAAGGGACUGAAGUGACCUUUGCCCUAACAGAGGAGCUAAGAGAUGAUAAAUGGUUGACCACAGGGAUGGUAAAUGUGUUAUCAGAUUUGUGGGAAAUCCCAUUGACCAGGGGGUGUCCAGGUCAGAUUUUCUCACACACUGUAUUAGGCGUGGUAUCCAUUUGGAUCCCACGGAAAGUAUUAGUGACAUGGGAGGAAAGCAAUACCUUACAGACAGGUUCCAAAGUAUGGGUGCUACCACGAGCAGGUGAGCAGGUCAAACAGAAGGGAGAAAUACUGUCCAAUGGACCCGGUGACACUAAAGUUGUAUUACUAAGUGGAGGUACUCACCCUGUUUUCUUUCCUUCCAACAGAUUGGUGGCUAUAUAGACAAGUCGGAUCCCUGGUCCUCCAACUCAUACCUGAAUCUAUUAGCAAGUUAUUCGAGAGUGUCAAACAGCACGGAUUGGUGGAUUUGUGGGACCAUAUCAUUCAGCGAGGAGAGCAGUUACCCAUAUGUUGGUGUUCCAUGGACAUUGGAGGAGUUAAAACAAUAUAAUAAUACAGGAUUCGGCUGGUACCGAGAAGAAGGAAAGCCACAAUCAUUGGACAGAUUGCAUAUUAUAAACCGCCCCCAGGAAGGUGCUAUUUGUAUCAGUUCACAUAACAAUGGAGCCAAUGCCACUAAAACGGGAUAUUCUAACUGUACAUCUGCCUGGGUAAAGGGCUAUGGUAAUGAACAACAUUGGGCAAUGACUGUCAAAGACUCCAGCCCAAUGGUGAGAGUAAUAA